AGCUCCCUGGGCCACGUGCGGGCACAGCGGCCGACACAGUAGAGACGCAACAAACGGCCAAACUAAAAAUAGAUUCGGAUCACUCUGAGAGGAAUUUGGCACUCUCCGCCAAUUUCGCACCCAAUUCUCAGACACAGGCACGUGCGUCUCCACGGACGAAGACACAGACCGAGGAAGCGGCUGCAAGCACAGACGAGAAGAUGCACAUCCGCGUGAACAUUGAACUGAAGGUCGAUUCUGACACUGACACCGAUCUGACACUCCACGUGGACGAGUCGCCGUCGGGGCCUGCGGAGGCAGCGGAUGACAGCCCACCCACACACAGUGCAACACACGAGACACACUCACACACACACACGCCACAGGCACAGCAGCCACACAGACACACACACACGCCACAGGCCCAGCAGCCACGCAGGCACAAGAACAAGCUCACGCGUAAGCACCUGAGCAAACACCACAGGACCAAUGCACAGGCACACACCAGCGCGUCACCGCAGCUGGACUCGUUGGAGGAGACACAGAUGGCGGACGAGCGGGUGCUUGGGAGGGUGCUGGGGACGGACAUGUCACGAAGCUACAGCACUACCAAGGAAUGGGUCAGAGAGAUACACCACCUGGUCCGACUCGGCAUGGCCAAGACCCCUGUGUGCACACCCCAACCUGUUCUGAAAAUAGAACCGAUCACCGACCCAGAGGACGAACCCGAGGGCCGGGACCUGAACCCGCAUGUUCUGGUGCAGUACGUGCACCCGGGCAGCGAGGGCUAUGACAGCAGAGAAGACGAUAAGCACGUGCAUGUACACGUGCAUGCACACGCACACGAGCAUGUACACGUACACGCACACGAACUAGAGCCACAGCAGGAGGAGGACGAGGCACCCGAUGGGCAUAAAGCGGUAUAUAAACCGGGACCAAGUCAGGAACACACACAGGCACAAGCAACUGCACACACACACACACACACACACACACACAGCCGAGAUAUAGACGGCGCAGAAGGGGAUGGUGAAGCGCAGGGGAAGGUCAUGCAGGACCAAAAAACUGGGACAGGUGCAGAGGUGGAUGAGGACUUAGAUACGCAAAAUCAGGACAAACCGGAUAGGAAGGGGUCCAAUCAGACCCAGGCGCAGGUGCACAACUCAGCGGACGCGGACGGGACGGGCGAUCGCUACCAUACGAUCCGAACACUCAGAGACGAGAUAGAUGAACUAAGGCGGCUGGUUGACUUACUGGUGUCUGGUCAAGCACCCACACCCACACCCGGUGUAGGUGCAGGUAUGGGCAUAGGCGUAGGGACACCAGAGCACACCCCCACGGAUACGCAGACAGAUAUUAACACAAACACGGACAGAGACACACCCCAGAGGGCCAAUGCAGCCACGGACAAGGACUCAAAUACACACACACGCACAGACACAAACGCAAACACGGACAAUGCCACCCACCAGAGCGAACGGGCUACUACAAUCACCAACGCACAGAUAAAUACAAGCACGGAUACGGAUAUAGAUAGCCUCACCGACACACAGAUAAACACAAACACGGAUACGAAUAUAAACACAAGCACGGAUACGGAUAUAAACACACGCACGGAUACGGAUAUGGAUAGCCUCAGCGAUACCAGCGCAAGUGUUAGUAGCAGCACAUCGUCGGCACCUGCGAGUGGGAAGAAAACGCAGGCCAAUACGAAUACUGGAAUUGGAAACGGGAAUGGGAGUGGAAACGGAAAUGGGAAUGGAAAUGGAAAUGGUAAUUCGGGUGUGGAUAGAAAAUCUAAAACGGGCAAGAAGGGUGAUUCUCUUGGUAGUAAGAAAGGCGUAGAUUCUGUCAAAGAAGGCGAUAAGAAGCCAUCCGCGGAAGCAGGUAGGUAUAGUCUCUGGGUUUGGGUGUGUAUUUAG